CCCCGCUGCGGCGCAAUGCGGAAGAGAUGGGCCUGCUGGAGCGGAAGUGACGCUGCCGGCAGCUGUGGCGGCGGCAGCGGGAGGCGGAGGAGGAGCCGGAGGAAGAGGGCUGCCUCUGAAGAAAGGAGAAUGGCGUUCAGCAAAGGAUUUCGGAUCUAUCACAAAUUGGACCCCCCACCUUUCAGCCUGAUGGUGGAAACUAGGCAUAAGGAGGAAUGCCUCAUGUUCGAGUCGGGGGCUGUGGCUGUGCUCUCAUCUGCAGAAAAAGAGGCAAUCAAGGGUACAUAUACCAAAGUACUGGAUGCAUAUGGACUCCUAGGUGUUUUACGAUUAAAUCUUGGUGAUAUUAUGUUACAUUAUCUGGUCCUAGUCACGGGAUGUAUGUCUGUUGGGAAAAUUCAAGAAUCUGAAGUUUUCCGAGUUACUUCCACUGAGUUUAUAUCACUACGCACUGAUGCUUCAGAUGAGGAUCGUAUUUCAGAAGUACGAAAAGUUUUGAAUUCAGGAAACUUUUAUUUUGCAUGGUCUGCAUCUGGAAUCAGUUUAGAUCUGAGUCUUAAUGCACAUCGUACCAUGCAAGAACACACAACUGAUAAUAGAUUUUUCUGGAAUCAAUCUUUGCAUUUGCAUCUCAAGCACUAUGGUGUGAAUUGUGAUGACUGGUUAUUACGUCUCAUGUGUGGAGGAGUAGAAAUCAGAACCAUUUAUGCUGCUCAUAAACAGGCAAAGGCUUGCCUCAUUUCACGACUAAGCUGUGAACGAGCUGGGACCAGGUUUAAUGUCCGGGGAACAAAUGAUGAUGGUCAUGUUGCUAAUUUUGUAGAAACAGAGCAGGUUGUAUACUUAGAUGACUCUGUUUCAUCCUUCAUACAAAUCCGGGGAUCUGUUCCAUUGUUUUGGGAACAACCAGGUUUGCAAGUGGGGUCUCAUCGUGUCCGUAUGUCAAGGGGAUUUGAAGCCAAUGCACCUGCUUUUGACAGGCAUUUUAGAACACUCAAGAAUUUAUAUGGUAAACAAAUAAUAGUAAAUUUGCUUGGGUCUAAGGAAGGUGAACAUAUGCUAAGUAAGGCUUUCCAGAGUCAUUUGAAAGCUUCUGAACAUGCUACAGAUAUCCACAUGGUGAAUUUUGACUAUCAUCAAAUGGUUAAAGGAGGAAAGGCAGAAAAACUGCAUAGCAUUCUUAAACCUCAAGUCCAAAAGUUUCUAGAUUAUGGAUUUUUUUAUUUCGAUGGAAAUGGAGUUCAAAGAUGCCAGAGUGGUACGGUUCGAACAAAUUGCUUGGAUUGCCUUGAUAGGACAAAUAGUGUGCAGGCCUUCCUCGGCUUAGAGAUGCUAGCUAAACAGUUAGAAGCGCUUGGCUUAGCUGAAAAGCCUCAGUUGGUGACCCGCUUUCAAGAAGUCUUCAGGUCAAUGUGGUCUGUGAAUGGUGACUCCAUCAGUAAGAUAUAUGCAGGGACUGGAGCCCUUGAAGGGAAGGCCAAGGCUGGAAAGUUAAAAGAUGGUGCUCGUUCCGUUACCAGAACAAUUCAGAACAACUUCUUUGACAGCUCCAAGCAAGAGGCCAUUGAUGUUUUGCUGCUGGGAAAUACUCUAAACAGUGACUUAGCUGACAAAGCUCGAGCGCUCUUGACCACUGGAAGUUUGCGUGUUUCUGAACAGACAUUACAGUCAGCAUCUUCUAAAGUACUAAAGAACAUGUGUGAGAAUUUCUACAAGUAUUCAAAGCCCAAGAAAAUUCGAGUGUGUGUUGGGACCUGGAAUGUGAAUGGUGGGAAGCAGUUUCGCAGCAUAGCUUUUAAGAAUCAAACACUCACUGACUGGCUGCUGGAUGCACCCAAGUUAGCUGGCAUCCAGGAAUUUCAAGAUAAAAGAAGUAAGCCAACCGAUAUAUUUGCAAUUGGUUUUGAAGAAAUGGUAGAGUUGAAUGCUGGAAACAUUGUGAAUGCAAGCACAACUAAUCAGAAGCUCUGGGCUGUGGAACUUCAAAAGACAAUUUCCAGAGACAACAAGUAUGUGCUGCUGGCUUCUGAGCAGUUGGUGGGCGUCUGCCUGUUUGUUUUUAUCAGACCGCAGCAUGCUCCUUUCAUCAGGGACGUUGCAGUGGACACUGUGAAGACUGGGAUGGGAGGUGCAACAGGAAAUAAGGGAGCAGUUGCGAUCAGAAUGCUCUUCCACACAACAAGCCUCUGCUUCGUGUGUAGCCAUUUCGCCGCAGGACAAUCACAAGUCAAGGAAAGAAAUGAAGAUUUUGUAGAAAUUGCGCGAAAAUUGAGUUUUCCCAUGGGGAGGCUGCUGUUUUCCCAUGAUUAUGUAUUUUGGUGUGGCGAUUUCAACUAUCGAAUUGAUCUCCCUAAUGAAGAAGUCAAAGAGCUCAUAAGACAGCAAAAUUGGGAUUCUCUUAUAGCAGGAGAUCAACUAAUCAAUCAGAAAAAUACUGGACAGAUCUUUCGAGGGUUUUUAGAAGGCAAAGUAACUUUUGCUCCAACAUAUAAGUAUGAUCUGUUUUCCGAUGACUAUGACACCAGUGAAAAGUGCCGCACCCCUGCGUGGACAGACCGUGUCCUCUGGAGAAGAAGGAAGUGGCCUUUUGAUAGAUCAGCUGAAGACUUAGACCUUCUGAAUGCUAGUUUUCAAGAUGGAAGCAAAAUCCUCUACACUUGGACCCCUGGCACUUUGCUGCACUAUGGAAGGGCCGAGCUAAAGACGUCUGAUCACAGGCCAGUCAUUGCGCUGAUUGAUAUAGAUAUAUUUGAAGUUGAAGCUGAAGAAAGGCAAAACAUUUAUAAAGAAGUGAUUGCGGUGCAGGGUCCACCUGAUGGCACAGUAUUGGUCUCAAUCAAAAGUUCUCUGUCAGAUAAUAACUUUUUUGAUGAUGCUUUGAUUGAUGAGCUUCUCCAGCAAUUUGCAAAUUUUGGGGAAGUUAUACUUAUAAGAUUCGUAGAAGAUAAAAUGUGGGUUACAUUUUUGGAGGGGAGCUCUGCUCUGAAUGUCCUGAACCUAAAUGGUAAAGAGUUACUGGGUCGGACUAUAACUAUUACUUUAAAAAGUCCAGACUGGAUCAAGACUUUGGAAGAAGAAAUGAGUUUGGAGAAAAUUAGUGUGUCAUUACCAUCAUCAACAAGCUCUACUCUGCUUGGCGAAGAUGCGGAGGUCGCAGCAGAUUUUGAUAUGGAAGGUGAUGUUGACGACUAUAGUGCUGAGGUUGAGGAAAUUCUUCCUCAGCAUCUCCAGCCAUCUUCAAGCUCUGCCCUUGGCACUUCUCCGAGCUCUUCACCCCGGACCAGUCCCUGCCAGUCACCUACCAUAGGGGAAGGUCCUGUACCGUCCCUUCCCAUAAGACCAAGCCGUGCACCGUUGAGAACGCCGGGUCCUCCAAGUUCACAAAGUUCUCCGGUUGACAAUCAGCCAGCAACACAAUUGCAGCAAAAAGAUUCUUCUCAGACCUUAGAGCCCAAACGGCCUCCUCCCCCCCGCCCAGUUGCUCCUCCGCCACGUCCCUCCCCCCCACAAAGGCCACCACCUCCUUCAGGGGCUAGGAGUCCUGCACCUGCUAGAAAAGAAUUUGGAGGUGCUGGAGCCCCUCCCAGUCCUGGGGUAGCUAGGAGAGAGAUGGAAGCACCCAAAAGCCCUGGAAUGUCACGGAAAGAUAAUAUAGGGCGUAAUCAGCCUUCCCCUCAAGCAGGACUCUCAGGCCCAGUGCCUGCUGGAAUCAGUGCCCCCAGACCGAUGAUUCCACCCCGUGCUGGAGUGAUUAGUGCCCCACAGAGCCAUGCUCGGGUGUCUGCUGGAAGACUGACUCCUGAAAGUCAAAGCAAACCAUCGGAAACACCUAAAGGUUCGGCAUACCUUCCUGAACCACUGAAGCCUCAGACUGCCCCUCCUGUGCAGCCUUCUCUGCCCGCACCUGUUCAGAAGAUGCAGGAGCCUCUUGUCCCGAUGACAGCACCUUUGCCUCAGUCGGCCCCACAGCCAGUUUUGGAAACUCCACCCCAGCCACCGCCUCGAAGCAGGUCAUCCCAUAACCUCCCUUCAGAAACUUCCUCACAACAGCAAGUGAAAACAAAUGGAGUCUCUGAUAUCAAACUAGAGCCACCUUUGAAGAGUGACCCAUUUGAAGAUCUGUCAUUUAAUCUGCUUGCUGUAUCAAACGCUCAGCUCUCUGUUCACACCUCACCUGCUCUAACCCCAAACCCCGAAGGGUUGAUUCCGUUGCCUUCAGCAACACAAAGUCAUGUUGGUACCAUGAGCUCUGUAAAUUGCAUGCUUCCCAUGCCUCCAAUUCCAGCCCGGAGUAAAUCCCAGGAGAAUAGUCGAAGUUCUCCAAACCCUUUUAUCACUACCUUGACCAGCACAAAUCCCUUCACAGACAGGACUGCUGCUCCCGGAAACCCCUUCAGAGCUGAAUCUCUGGAAUCGGAGGCGGGCCUUUCAUCGUUCUCCAAAGAAGGCCUUGCUGCCGCCAGCCCUUCCCCUUCUCUGCAGGCACUCGGGCCUCACAAAAGCAAGCCUUCAUGUUCACUUGAUGGCUUCCAGGACAGUUCAGAGCUGCAGAGCCAAUCCUCAGAUAAAAUUAGCAAUCCAAGAGGAUGGGUAACCUUUGAGGAGGAAGAGGAUUUGGGUAUGAAAGAGAAGUCAUGGUCAGCUGGUGGUCCACGCUCCCUGGGUAGCCAGCCAGGUUCACUUUCUGGCUCAAAUCUGACACCUGAUGAUGACUGGAAGAAAGGUAUAAAUGCUUCCUUCUGUGUGCUGCCAUCAAGAAGACCACCCCCACCGCCUGUCCCUCCACCUGGCCCUGCCUCCCCAGGAGAUCCUUUCACAGCCUUGGCAUCUAAGGCAUCACCCACUCUGGACUUUACAGAAAGAUAGUGGGACACAGUAGAAAACUUGUGUUUUACCGGGUUGUAGUUGUUUGGGUUUGGGUUUUUUUUUAGCUUGUCAGGGUAUAGCCAGAAGAAUUGGGCAUUUGUUAUUCAUUAUGUGCAAUAAGGAAUUACUGAACGCACUGUACCUUCAAAAAAUACCACUAUUUAAUGUAUACAAAGUUUAAUAAGUGCACAUUGGGAAUAAGGAAACAGCCAUCUCAUUAUUAACUGGAGUUUUUAUGUGUUUUUGUUCAGAUGGAUAGAAGAGAGUAGGAGCCAGAAAAAAAUGCUUAAAACUCCUUUAGAGAAUAGUCUUUGUUCCGAGUUUCUUUGUGAGUCUCCUUUCAAGCAUUCCAGAAAGUCCCAGCAACCUUAGCUGACACUGCUGCCGCCAUUUCAGACUCAGCAACAAUUGGGACUUAGGAAUGUUUACCAAAUAUCUGCCUGAGUUAUACUGGAACCGUUUGGGAAGGCAUUGCUUUAAAAGUAUACAAGUACAUACAUGUGUGUGUGUAUAUAUAUAUAUAUAUAUGUGUAUGUGUGUGUGUAUAUAUACACACACACACACACACACAGUUACAGCUCUCUCAAACUGUUUAAAUUCUAGGAUAUAAUUUGGAUCACAUAUUUACAUUAAAGUUCUAACAAAAAUUCUUUUAAAAAUACAUCAUUACCAAAAAGAUAAUGGGACAUGUAAUUUGGACAUUUUAUUCUCUAGCUAGAAUAGUAUCCCUACAAAGCCUGAUUUAUCUGCCAUUCCAAACUGUCUACUCAAACAACUCCUUCCGACCACGCCAACAGUUACUUUCUACUCUGGCCCCUCCAUACACUUUUCUCUCUGGGACGAGGUCCUGGCACCAUGUGAAUGGCUAUCCCAGCCCUCUCAAAAUAAGCACUAUGGCCUUAUAGGUAGGGAAGGCACAUACCACCAGUCUUAGGAAGGCUAGGUCUAAACCUACCCUCUUCUCUCCAUACAUCAAGAUAUUUGUUGUCCGUUUCCCUCCCACACUCUAGUCUUUGCUGCUCUCACCCGGGCAUUUGCUUUGUGCAGGAAAAGCAGCCAUCCCCAGUGUGUUUGGAUUGGGCACAUACUCAGUGUCUUAGUCCCCUUUAGAGAUUACACGUCUACGAUGCUGCUUUGUCUCUGGUGGCGAUGCCUCAACAUAGCCGUGGAUUUUGUCUCCUGCACUGCCAAUAUGCAACUAACCCUGCUUUUAUUAAUUUUAUGAAGAAGUCCACAGGAUUUUUACAGAACUUAGUAUUUUGAUAUCAGUCCGUAAACUCAAUCAGACAACUCCUUGAGCAAUAGUUCUCAGUUUACAUUAAGAUCAUCUUUACCCUAAGAUCCAUGGUAACAUUCCUUUUAUAUAAAGGGUUGUAUAUGUCCACCUAGAUUCCUCUGCCCACAUUGACCUUUAAAGAUGUGCAUUGGAGGAGGAUCAGGAAGAAGAGUUUAUGGCUAAGAAUAUUUAAAAGCACAGUAAGCUGCAUCGCACUUGAAAUAUAAAGGCACUUUUCUAAAUGCGCAAGUGUUAGCAAAACACUGUUAUUUAUAGAAACAAUCCUCUCUCUGUUAAACAGCCAGGAUUUGCUGUUAGAAAUUACUCUUGUGAGUUUUAUAUUGUGGGGGUGUUUUGUGGGAGGGAUGGGGCGUCUAAUCAUUUCAGCAGUGGUAUAUAUGAAACUCCAGUAUUACUAUAAGCAUUGUGCUUCAAAUGUGAAUUAACUUGUUGAAACUGUGGCUUUAACAUCAACGUGGUUAGUAUAUAUAUUAUUUGCUCUCCAUUAACAAGAUAAUUCAUUAUUAGGUAAACUUAACUAGUGCAAAAUGCAGUCCCGUGAGCAGUGUUCCCUCCUGAAUAUAAACUACUGUUUAAAGUAUACAUAUCAUGCAGCAGCUCAGUCUUUAACAGGAAAAUCACAGUUGGCAAGUUGUUGAAAGUGUUCAAAGUUAUAAAGGCGAAAAAGGUAUGCUGCAAAUAACUAGCCACUUUUCUGUGUAUUAUUAAAUUAUUUACUGUUCUGUUAAAAACAGAACAGAAAUUAGACACUAAGAAUCUCUUUGUGAAUUCUUUAUUCUCUAUCGUAGUUUGCUGUUUAUAUGUAAGACUUUUAUUGCUUAUGUGACACACUAUUUAUAACUAUAUACUUUAUAGAAGUAAAGUAUUAAAGUCAGUGGCAUACAUCCUGUACAUAGCCUGUGAAAUGUACUGUCAUAUGAAAUAAAUAUAUGUAUCCUCUUUA